AUGGUCUAUCAUUGGAUAACAAAGAGAAUCGGAAAAGACAAACCUCUGAAUGAGCUGGCGGAACACUUGGACAGAGUUUCAAAUCCUUCAGAUGAGAUUAAACUAAUCUUUGGGCAAUUGAUUCAAGGAUCUGAUUCAACUAGACAUGUUCGAGAAAAUUCCUUUGGAAAUGGUCCAUUGACUUUAAAUAGUCCAAACCAAUACAGUGCAAAAGAUUCGACUCUUUUAAUCGGUUGUUCUUCAUUGGUUGCUGCCUUCUCAAAAGGUGCUCCAGGUUGUGUUGCUGACGCUGCUAAAAUGGCUGCAGCAAAGUCUAUGGGCAUUCAGGGAGAGUUUGGUUAUACCGUAACCGCCAAAGAGUUAGCAAAAGGUUAUACGCCUGGCGGUCCAGCUGUCAAAGUUACUGUUGGCAGCGCUAAAUCAUCAUUCAAAGGUAUAUUAGUAUAUGCCGUUGACGCCAAGAACAACCACGUUGGUACAUUCGCAAAACCAGCAAAUCUUCAAUUCCAAGCUAAUUGUCCAGGUGAUAAUGGAUCAGGAACCCUAACACAUAUGGCUGGCGUUGGAAAAAUUAUGUUUAUGGCUACUUUUGUAUCAGGAGGACCAAAAUCACCAGCUCCCGGAUUCCAAGCAGCAAAAUCAAUACCAUAUGCAGAACUUGCAGCAGCACCUGGAAAAACUCCUGCAGCUACCGAUACCGCUGCACCACCAACAAAUACCAAUACCACUCCAUCACCCCCAGCAGGUUCCACCCCAUCACCCCCAGCAGGUUCCACCCCAUCACCUACAACUGCCAACCAACCUAGUGGUGGAAUCUCCAUUUCACAAUAUUCAAGCUUCGGUGCUCUCGUACUUGCUAAUGUUGUCGCUGCUUUUAUUUUACUCUAA